AUGGUGAAGAAGGGAAAAAUGACAAUAAUAUUUUAUUUUUCUGCAAAAUUGAGAAGAAGGAGAAAAUUUGGACUAUAUUUGUAAAACAGAAAAAUAAAACAUAUAUAAAAAAUUAUUUAUUGGAAAAAAACAAAGCUGAUUCUAAUUUCAAAGGAAGAGUUAUUUAAGAAACCCAGUACUAAAUCUUAAAGUAUAAAAAUGUAAAACAUAAUUUUUAACAUGAUGAAAAUUCUGGUAUUUAUUUAUAAUAAAUCCUUUUUUCAUUUGAUUUCAAUCUAUAAAGGAAAUCUAAAUGGCAAUAAAUCUAAUGGGUAAGGCGAAAUUAUAAAUUUGAAAGAAAAUUAUAAUUAUAACGGAUAAUGGAAGGAGAGCAAAAGGAAUGGAGAAGGAACAUACAUGAUACUCAAUAUAGAUGUCUUGUAGAAAGGUGAAUUUUCAGAAUUGAAAGUAACCUAUUAGGAUGAUUAUUUAAAAAAAGGAGAUACUCUUCCAAAUAGUCAGAUUUAGCAAAAGUCAUUUGAUAUAAUUUAGAUUAUGCUUAAGUAGUAUAUCAGUAAUCUAUUAAAUCAUAAUAAUAACUGCAGCCAAAUUAUUUCAAAAAAAAAAGGCAAAAAGAGUCGUUAUUUAUUAACUUGGGGAAUAGUUAGAGACUUUAAUAUUCAUUAAUUUUCAAAUUUUGAGCAUAGUUUUAUCAAACUUACUUCAUUCUUUUCGAAUCAUUAGAAAUAUCUUUCAUUAAUGGAAAUAUCUAAUAUCUGUUUCAAAGGAUUUUACAGUUUUGAAGUCUUUUCCAAUUUUUGUAUAUUUUGUAUUUAAAUAUUUUUAAAUAAAACUUUGAUCCCUAAAAAAUCGUUAAUUUAUUAAAUUUAUNGAACAGUUAGGAAGAUAACAUUAAAGAUUAAAUUUAAGAAUUAAAUUCAAAAGAUCCAAAGAAAUUUAAGUUUAAUUAAAUUAAUUAUGGGUUAAAUAAAACAAAGUUCAAACUGCUUUUAAAUGAUAGUUAUAAAACAAAUUCCAAAUAUAAUGCGCUUUUUGGAUAAUAAAAAUUUAUUAAAGAAAAAACAACAUUAAGAAUUAAAUUUUAAUGGUGAAGAAGGGAAAAAUGACAAUAAUAUUUUAUUUUUCUGCAAAAUUGAGAAGAAGGAGAAAAUUUGGACUAUAUUUGUAAAACAGAAAAAUAAAACAUAUAUAAAAAAUUAUUUAUUGGAAAAAAACAAAGCUGAUUCUAAUUUCAAAGGAAGAGUUAUUUAAGAAACCCAGUACUAAAUCUUAAAGUAUAAAAAUGUAAAACAUAAUUUUUAACAUGAUGAAAAUUCUGGUAUUUAUUUAUAAUAAAUCCUUUUUUCAUUUGAUUUCAAUCUAUAAAGGAAAUCUAAAUGGCAAUAAAUCUAAUGGGUAAGGCGAAAUUAUAAAUUUGAAAGAAAAUUAUAAUUAUAACGGAUAAUGGAAGGAGAGCAAAAGGAAUGGAGAAGGAACAUACAUGAUACUCAAUAUAGAUGUCUUGUAGAAAGGUGA